GAAUGCGUGGAAUUUACUGACCGAUGAGAAGUUGUGUGUGAACGCCAACGCAGAAAACGAAUCAAUAAAAUACGCAUAAUUUAGCUAGCUACAAAAUUACUUUAUUAUAUCUGCCAAAAGAAAGCAACAAUGAUGAACGGAGAGAUGAACGGUUUUCACAACUCCCUUAUCGACGAGGACUGCUUCCUAUUCACCUCGGAGUCAGUUGGAGAAGGACACCCUGAUAAGAUUUGUGACCAGAUCAGUGAUGCUGUGCUUGAUGCCCAUCUAAAGCAGGAUCCUGAUGCUAAAGUUGCUUGUGAGACUGUUGCUAAGACUGGGAUGAUCCUGCUGGCAGGUGAGGUGACAUCGCGUGCUACAGUGGACUAUCAGAAGGUUGUUCGCGACACUAUCCGCCACAUUGGAUACGAUGACUCCUCUAAAGGUUUUGACUAUAAGACCUGCAAUGUGCUGGUGGCCCUAGAGCAGCAAUCUCCAGACAUUGCCCAGGGUGUUCACAUUGACCGCAAUGAGGAGGAUGUUGGGGCAGGGGACCAGGGCCUGAUGUUUGGCUAUGCCACUGAUGAGACGGAGGAGUGCAUGCCCCUCACCAUUAUGCUUGCCCACAAGCUCAACGCUAAGAUGGCUGAACUGCGUCGCAAUGGCACCCUACCCUGGCUCCGGCCUGACUCCAAGACCCAGGUGACCGUUCAGUACCGCCAAGACCGUGGUGCCAUGUUGCCAGUGCGUGUCCACACCAUCGUGGUCUCUGUGCAGCAUGAUGAGCACAUCUGCCUGGACGAGAUGCGCGACGCUCUCAAGGAGAAGAUCGUCAAGGCUGUGGUGCCCUGCAUUUACCUGGAUGAUGACACCAUUUACCACAUGCAGCCCAGCGGCCGCUUCGUCAUCGGAGGCCCACAGGGUGAUGCUGGCCUGACGGGCCGUAAGAUCAUUGUUGAUACUUAUGGAGGCUGGGGUGCCCAUGGUGGAGGAGCCUUCUCAGGGAAGGACUACACUAAGGUGGACCGCUCUGCUGCCUAUGCUGCCCGCUGGGUGGCCAAGUCUCUGGUGAAGGCUGAGCUGUGCAAGCGGGUCCUUGUCCAGGUUGCCUAUGCCAUCGGAGUAGCCCAUCCCCUAUCAAUCUCCAUUUUCCACUAUGGCACAUCCCAGAAGAGUGAGCGGGAGCUACUGGACAUCGUCAAGAGAAACUUUGACCUUCGUCCUGGUGUCAUUGUCAGGGAGCUGGAGCUGAAGAAGCCUAUGUAUCAGAGGACCGCUGCCUACGGCCACUUUGGCCGGGACUCCUUCCCAUGGGAGAUGCCCAAAAAGCUAAAAUACUAAACUUGUGAAGCUUUUCCCCCCCCAGGCCUGUUGGUGUAUACUACAGAGAAGCUUACAUGGUCUUGGGGGUGAAAGGCCCUUAACUCCCUUCCCUGUUAAUGGGGUAUUAGAACCCUACCCUCUUUCUACUUCCUCUCUCCAGUCAUCUGUACUGCAUUUUUGCUGUUAGUGGUCAAUGUAAUACUACCAACAUUCUCAAAAUAUUUCAGGAAAGUAAUGUUGAGAGGAUAAUAUGUUAGCUAGCUAAUCUCUUCCACCAGCUGUCUCGCUCUGUUGACUUGUCUGGUUUCACAGCGCAUCAGAAAGGGACUUGAAUGGAGGUUAUGGCAGGUGCGGACAACAAUUUCUGAUUUUAAUUGGCUGAUCAUCUAGCGCAACACUUAGAACCUCUUCCCCCCCUACAUUGUGGACUUAAGUGUGAACAGUACAAGUGAUUUUUAACAAUUAAGUUAUGAAAAUCUGAAAGUACUUAUUAGGGUUUUGAAUAGAAAAACCUAUUCCUUACAAUAUUGAAUAUGAUUGACGGCGAUAUUGUGCCGUGACCAAUGACUAGCCUAUUUCAACUUGACUGGCAUCACGCUGUAAAGAGCUGGCCAGGCAAGGACAUGCCAAGUGGCCUAUUCCUUUGCUAUAGCCUGCAUAACCUAUUUCAAUAAAUGUUAUAAGCAACUUACUGAAUGCAAGAGCAUAAUUUAGACGGGGCUAAGAUUUUCAUGCUUGGCUACCCAAACUCCUUGCUCCGGCCAAACACUACGCCACAGACGUAGUUUCUUCUCCGCACUGAGUUUGGAUACUUCACCGAUUUCUAGAACGCAUUCUAACUGGAAGGUAGCUGGAUUAAAUCUCCGAACUGGCAAGGUAAAAAUCUGUUCUGCCCCUGAGCAAGGCAGUUAACACACUGUUCCCCAGGCGCCGAUAACGUGGAUGUCGAUUAAGCCCCGCACCUCUGAUUUUAGAGGGCUUUGGUUAAAUGCGGAGGACUCUUCAGUUAUACAACUGACUAGGUAUCACCCUUCCCUUUAAUUGGUCCCAGAAAACAAUGGGUUGGUCCAAAGCCAGAACACACCUGGGUAGCGAAUUGACUUUGGUAUUCUGAUUUGGUUAGGGAUGAUCUAAUCACUGACUUUGUUUUGUUCAACACCCCAUUUUGAGGUCACCAAAAACAACUUCAAUGAUGGCAUUCCGACUGCCGUAUGUCCAGUCGAAUUGUUUCCCCCCUCAAUGUUGGAGGAUCUGGGCUAUAUAGCCUCAUCCUUUGUUUUUUUUGUUGUUGCAGAUUUGGUGUUUAUUUUAAAGUUAAUUUUAUAUUUUCUCUACAUUUCAUAUGUAUAUGACUUCAGUUUUUAUGCGUGCAGGUUUUCUCCUGCCACUAUUUCAAUGAAUUUAUCUAACGGUGCUCAAGGCUCAAAGUUUAGGUGUUUUUGAAUGACCUAAACAUGAUUGGCCUAAGGUAAUGAGGUAGAACAAACAAUAGAAAAAUCGAAUCAGUAGUUUUGAACAUACCUUAGUUGCGAAGCUUGCCAUUGCAGGCCAUUUUUAAUUAGUAGGAUUUGGCUUAUCAAAAGCAGUAAGGCAAGUUAGUUAUGAAGCGUAUUUCUCAAAUAGGCUAUUCUAAUAGUGUUUAAUGUUGUAAAAUUGCAGCUUUCAAAUGGGAACAAUUGUGAAAGUCAGUCUAUAGAUUCUCUAUCCACCUUGUGGAGCGUUGGGCCUGUAACCGGAUGUUGCUAGAUCGAAUCCCAGAGCUGACAAGGUAAAAAAUCUGUCAUUCUGCCCCUGAACAUGGCAGUUAACCCACUGUUCCUAGGCUGUCAUUGUAAAUAAGAAUUUGGUCAUAACUGACUUGCCUAGUUAAAUAAAAGAAAAUAUCACAGCUUUAUUUUGAUCAAAUACAGCUGUAGCAGUCUUGCUCCCUUUAUUGCCUCGACUUCUAAGCUGCGCCCCAUUCAAGUCCCACUUUGUUGUACAGUGUUACUAGGCUCUUUAUGCGGUUAGCCUAGUCUUCCUCUUCCAUUGAUGUCUUUCACACUACAACGCCUAGACCCUGCCCAGCAUGACUGAGGAACUGUAAAUACUGUAAUGUUAUUUGGGCCUAGCUGUCCUUAUACUUAACAGACGCAAAAUAUUCCAAAGUUAAGUCUGACUUACCAAGGCUACAUGUUGAUAUCAUGUUAAUUUACUGGUGCUACUGAAGGCCCCCUGCCACUUAAUCGUUUCCCUUUGGUUGACACUUACUUCUGGUAUUGUGACCCACCCCAAAUCCCUUUUGAAGCUUUAUUUCACUCCCCUUAUCAUUUGUUGAGGAUGCAAGAAUGGAACAGUUAAGCGUCAGUAGUUGUUGCUAUUUUCAAAGAAAUGCUAUGCGUUGCAGGCUGAGAAAUGAGACCAUCUUGAUUAUUUUCAAGUAAUGUUCUUGAAUAUACGCAGUAAAAUCUGGGAUGCCCCUGCAGAUGUCUGCGCUGUUCUGACGUAAUACAGAAAAGUCAGAAGCUGCUAUGUCACUGCUAAGGCCUGUAGGGGUGUUGGUUAUACUUGAUUGUUUAAAACCUGUUAUUGGCUUGUCAUGUUAAACUCCUUCAAAAGGUUUUUUUUUUUCAAAAUGGUUUAAGGUCAAGGCUCUUCUUCCUUGGGUAUUGAUGGCAGGUGUAGCUACAGAGAAACCACCGUCUUUAUCCUGAAGGAAAGCCGUCUUUGCCACAAUGAAGAGCUCUUACUACUGGCACAACACCUUAUUCAAAUAUUUAUUUGUUCUCUGAAUCUUGGUGUGGAUACAGAGAAGCCAAGGAUUCAGAAGGCAGCUUAAACCCAAAGGGUUUUUAUUUUUUAUCUCACAGACUUUACUGAAUGCUGUAACUAGGUAACAUUGUCAGUGGUUCCAAAGUGUCCUACAGAAAAGCUUUGGUCUACCUCCACAGAACUCAAUGGCUGAUGUGAUGAGUAUUUUGGACUGCGGUUUUAAUGGGGUGAGAUUGUCUUGACCAGACAUGUAUAGUCAAUACAAUGAGGCCAUUCUUAGCCCCCCCCCCCCCCCCCCCUAUCCUUCCAUAGAGAUGGCAACGUUUGGCUGGUGUGGUACAGAGAAACCAGCCUCGUUUACAAGCUGUCACUUGUUUGUAUGGAUAGGAUUUCCCAUGGUGCUUUUUAAUAUUUUGACACUGGCUAGUCUUCUGGCUACUGAGUGUAAGAGUGCCUCCCCCUUGUACUUUCUCCCCUCCUGCUCUUCAUCAACAUAGGUCCGACAUCCUGAGGAACAGGUAUCUUGUCUCAAUGCUUAUGUCUUCAGAGGUUAGAUACUGAUUUCUCAUGUCAAAGAUCUGCAAUAAAUGUCUGCUUUCCUUCAUGAA